GCAGCUCAUUUUAUUUCAGUUUUGUUCCAAGGGAAAAAAAAAGCCUUUUCCCUCUCGUUCAUACAGCAGUACCUGAAAGCGUUUCUUCACUUUUGGGCGAGAUCUGAAUUCUUGUAUUUCCGGCCUGCUCCUCCUUCAUAAAGUUAGCUAGACUAGAGAGAAAUUGGCGGGGAUGGAUUACCAUUUUGUGUAUAAAGAUUUAGAAGGAGCUUCAACACAGUGGGAUGAUAUUCAAAGGAAGCUGGGUAAUUUGCCCCCGAAACCACCUACCUUCAAGCCUGCCCCUUUUGCACCUGCUGAUGACCCAGAAUCGAAACCCAAAGAUAAAUCUUGGAUCAAUGAUAAGACCGAAGAAGAGCUCGAGGAGUUGGAGGAUGACCAGGAUCUUGAUGACGAUCGCUUCCUCCAAGAGUAUAGGAAGAAGAGACUGGCAGAGAUAAGAGAAGCAUCUAAGGUUGCAAAAUUUGGAUCAAUAAUUCCAAUUUCUGGAUCAGAUUUUGUACGCGAGGUUUCACAAGCCCCACCUGAUGUUUGGGUGGUAGUUAUUUUGUAUAAAGAUGGGUACGCGGAGUGUGGUGUGCUUAUGGGGUGUCUGGAAGAACUAGCAGCAAAAUACCCCGCCACAAAAUUUGUUAAAAUCAUAUCAACCGACUGCAUACCUAACUAUCCGGAUCGUAAUCUUCCUACUCUACUGGUUUACAAUAGUGGUGCUGUUAAGGCAAAUUAUGUCGGUAUGCAUAAUUUUGGUAGGAGAUGCACUCCUGAAGGUGUCGCACUCGUUCUAUGUCAAUCAGAUCCUGUACUUAAUGAUGGGCAGAGUGGAGGUGAUGCGUCUAGGGAAAGGGUGCUUGAAGGAGUUAGGAAGAGAUUUAUAGAUAAAGUUGUAGCAGCACAUGAAGAAGACGAGGAUGGAUCUUCAAGUGAUUAGAAUUGCAUCUUAUGUUACUGCUACUGUCAACCAACUUCCUUAAUUACAACUUUUAUGCACUUUGGUUGUCAUUGCAAGAAAUAUGCUUGUGCACCUCUGCAUUUAAAUUUCAAUUGCUUUUGUGAUGUGUCUUUUAAACGAGGAUAUAUUACUAUAUUAUCUGUGGUAUUACCUUUCUAUU